AUGAAAAUUGAAAAGAUAGCAGCCACGUUUUUCAUUGGUAGCGGGGUCCUUUUUGGCACAAUCACAGCAUGGAGCUUGAGCGACCUGCAAGUUCCCAGCGCACUUGGCGGCCCGCUACCUAAUAGCACCAAAGUUGUGGGACCCAACACAUCCGACUUUAGGGAAGCGACAGAGAGGUGGGAUACCUAUCUGGCACCCAACAUUGAGAUGGUCGUGGAACCAGGUCAUGAAGAUGACAUUCCAAAGAUUGUUAAAUACUGCAACAAGCAUGACAUCGACUUCUUGGCGUACAGUGGCGGUCACGGAUCGACAACCACACUCGGGUCUUUCGACGGCAUACAGAUCAGCAUGGCCAGGCUUAGGAAUGUAACCAUUGACCCAAAAGGCAAGACCGCAUGGGUACAAGGCGGAUCGACCGGUGGGAGCGUCAUAAACCAUCUCUGGGACCAUGGCUAUGUAACUCCAACCGGCGCCGCGGCCUGUGUUGGCUACAUGGGCCUGGCACUCGGAGGCGGCCAUGGGCGACUUGAGGGGCUUUACGGUAUGGUGAGCGAUAAUAUCUUGCAGUUCAACCUUGUCACUGCCAACGGAACCGCUAUCCGGGUGAACAAAACAGACCACAGUGACCUUUAUUGGGCGAUGAAGGGGGCCGGCCACAACUUUGGCAUCGUGACAAGUGCCCAAGUGAAGAUUUAUCCUCGCGGCCCAGACAAGUGGUAUCACAAAGCUUACACCUGGCGCGGCGACAAGUUGGAUGCUGUUUUCAACGCCUUGAAUCAAUUUCACGGCAACGGCACAACCCCGGUGGGCAUGGGGGUAAACACAGGAACCUUUCUCAUGAUGCCUAACAUAACAAAGGAGGAGCCCGUCAUUUUUUGGCUCUUUGAGUACCGCGGCACCGCCGAGCAAGCAAAACCGCUGCUGGCCCCUUUCGACUCCAUCGAGGCCGUCGCGGUGGACGCCAGAGAAUCCACCUACCCGCAGCUUGCCGACACCCCCUGGAUCUGCACUGCUGCCCAGCGGAUCAUAACCACCGCGGGGCUCCAGACCUACAACCUGACCGCGGAGCAUCAGAUCUGGGACGGCUUCAAGAGGCGAUUGUCGAAGAACCCAAAGCUCACUCACAAGACCAUCAUCAUACACGAAGGCUACGCGACCGAGGGCGUGGAAAGCAUCGACCGCGCGUCCUCGGCUUACCCGUUCCGUGGUGACCGACAUCUGAUGCAGUUCCAGGGGACAAUUGAAGAGUCAAACCUAGAAGCAGACAUGUGGGAGUGGGCGAACGAGGUUCGCAACCAGUGGAAUGCUGGCCAGCCGCAACGCACGCCCAGCGCCUAUGUCAACUAUGCCAACGGUCGCGAGACCAAGGAAGACUGGUAUGGGCACCAGCCAUGGCGCCUUGCCAAACUGCGUGAUCUCAAGGCUCGAUAUGAUCCCCUUAACCGCUUUCGGUUCUAUAAUCCCAUUGUUUGA